AUGACGGAGAACCCCGGCGCCAAGGCUGCGUCGGCGCAGGUCUGGAGCCGCGUCGCUCUCGGGAAUCUCACCAACGUCGCCGCCGCCGCCGGCAGGCUCGGCGCCCCUGAUGCGGAAAAGGAAGUGGAUGAAGCUAGAAAGUUAAAAUCUUGCUCCAGAAAUGUUGAGUGGCUAAAAGAAAAGCUAUUGAAGGAGCAGGAGCACAGGGAAAGAGAGCUGAAGGAAAUUGAAGCUAUGGGCCUGACCCAAUCCACUUCCUUUUGGCUUCAAUAUGGAUGGUGCAAAGUGCUGCUCAGCAACAAACCUGAUGUGUCUCCUUAUAGCGACUUACCCCAAAAGCAAGCAUUAACAAAUUUGAACGAAGUUGGUGAAGCUACCCUUACCAAGGAUAGUGCUGAAAGUUCUACUGGGGAGGUCAACUGGCUUGAAUAUCUGCUUGCUGCACUAAGUGAAGAAAGAGAUAAACCAAUGAACCACCAACCUAUUGUGACUAAACAGGAAACAAGAAAUGCUGAUGAUACAUCGUUGAAGGAUAUGUUUUCAGGUGUACAUGGAAUGGGCAAAACAAUUACAGCACUGGAGAGAAUUAUAGACGAACUGAUUAGUCGUCAGGACAAUGAACGCAGUAUUUUCAAUGAAAGAUUGAGCAUCGAAAGAGGCAAAGUGCAAUCUUUACAGCGAGAGAGGGAUCAGCUACAUUCACAGGUGGCCCUACUACAGUCAAAGUUAGGUGGAGAUUGCUCUACUUCAAACACAAAAAUACCAUGUGUAGUAAAUACUCUUGCAGUGGACAGUGAAGCAAAGCCCAAUCUAAACAAAACAGAAAAUUGGCUGAAGACAGUUGAAGAAUUGAAGGCACAGGCUAGUGGCCCAAAGAAACAGCCUGUUGUCAUUGAAAUUUGUGAUGAUGAGGAUGCAUGCAUUUGGUGUGAUGAUGAUGAGAAGCCUUCUCUGAAAUCAAAUGCCUUGGGCAGUGGCGAACCAGGGAGUGAACCGAGCCAACUUACGGGGUUGUAUGAAUGGUUUUUCCGUGGUAAUAAACUAAUGCUCUCUUCUGGAAUGAAGAAAUACCUGAGAGAGCUCUGUGGUUGUGUACCGCCAGAGAUCCCAUUCUAUAUAUAUCAAAUGAAUAAAUCGAACUUGAAGAGUAGGGGGAAGAUGCGGCUCUCUGCAAAGUACAUCUCUAAGCCCUUGCUUUCUUGCCUGCACAAAGGGGCGGGCUAUGCUCAUUUUGAACUCGAUGGGGAAUAUCGUGGUACUGUUAGAGUGAAACUUAACCCAGAUGGCCGUGCAAGUCUCACAUCAGGCUGGGAAAAUGUGGUUGCAGAUAAGGAUAUUAAAGUUGGUGACAUAUGCGCCUUCCACUUUAAGAUUUCUGAUGGUGCUCUUAAGCUGUCUGUCUAUGUGUUCCAUCCGGGUUUUUUUAGUGGAUUUUUUUGA